GUAUGAUUGUAGCAUAAUAUAUUGUUUGUUGCCAUUUUUACUCGCCUUGCUACUUCGCUCUUGUCCCGAUCGAUCAAUCUUUUACUGAUAUAUCAUUAUGAUAACCCUUAUAUCAACCGAUUUUUUAACAACAACCUCUAUUUCUUACUGCUUUUUUUUCACAACUUUUUUCUAAAGUACUUAAAAUAUGUUAAAAGAAGACAAAAAAAGUAAAGAAUCACUGACCCUAGGGCAGGCAAGUUGCUUGGUGUUGGGUUUAGUUCCAAACAAGAAAAAUAGAGUCAAAGCAAAAGAAAUGAUCGAAAACACAAUGAUUUGCGAAGUUACACACAAAAGAACUGGCGAUCCAUUCGAGCCAGCAAUCACAAGCAAACGAUUAAAACAACUAAAUCCUUUUUUGUACAAAUCUUACGAUGAAACACCCCCUUCUUCACCCAACUCAACAGAUGAAGAGGAGAUAAAUCUUAUUACGCAACCAACAGAGAAUGACGGAAAGGAUGUCGUCAGAACUAAAAACAAGGUACGUCUCAUCAAGAAGACUCCUAAUUGAUUUAUGGUGACCUAUUUUUGAGUAUUUUCUCUCUUAC